AAUGAAUAUAGUACACAGUGAAGAUGUUGACCUUGAUUGGCCGUAGUAGGUUGCGGUUGCGGUUGGUGUUCCUUUACUCAAUUCUACUUGCUUUCUUAAUGGCGGUUCUCUCUCAAUUUCUCAAACCCUAAAUCUUUCUGUUUGGAACUCUGAUAAUCAUCAAUUAUCACAGCCAUUGAUGCCAUAGCUUUAUCUGGAUUCUCAUGAGCUGCAAGUUAGUUAGGUAGGUCUGCUAAUGGCUGAUGACACAACAACCCUAAGUUACUGGUUGAACUGGAGGUUCUUCCUGUGUGCAUUAUGGGUCAUCAUUGCUAUGAUAGCAGCAGCUGUUUUAAUCAUUAAAUAUGAAGUCUUCAACAAAAGAACAAGUCACAGAAAAGAAGAUGAACAUGAUGUGGAACCAAUUGGGAUCUUGUAUGAAGAUGAAACUUGGAAGACCUCUUUGAAAGCACUCCAUCCUGUUUGGCUGCUUGUUUACAGAUUAAUUGCAUUUGGUGUCAUGUUAGCAGUUCUUAUUGCUAAUCUGAUAACCGCUGGACCUGAUGUACUUUUCUUUUACACUCAGUGGACAUUUACUUUGGUGACUUUAUAUUUUGGGCUUGGAUCUUCACUUUCCAUUCAUGGAUGUUAUAAAUAUUGGAAUGAAGUUGAUGAUGAUAAUAACAAUCAUGUUUUAGACACAGAAAGAGGCACUUACAUUGCUCCCUCAGAGGGAUUAAGUUCCCACAGAAUGCCCAUAAUCCCUACCAAUCACAAAGAGACUCAUGAUAGAAAGACUGCUGGUAUAUGGGGAUAUUUCUUUCAAAUAGUCUUCCAGAUAUGUGCAGGUGCUGUUGGACUCACGGAUAGUGUCUUUUGGUUCAUAAUCUAUCCGUUUCUUACCCCUGCAGGGUACACUUUAACUUUAUUGGAUGUUAGCAUGCAUUCUCUCAAUGCCAUUCUCCUCAUUAUUGACAUGAUUCUCAAUCGCCUACGAUUCCCUUUCUUUCGUUUGGCCUAUUUUGGUCUAUGGACAUGUAUAUUUGUCAUUUUCCAGUGGAUCGUUCAUGCUUGUGUAUCAAUGUGGUGGCCAUAUUCCUUUCUUGAUUUAUCAUCUCCAUAUGCUCCCAUUUGGUAUUUAGGAGUGGGAUUGAUUCAUCUCCCUGCUUAUGGCAUCUUUGCACUCUUAAUCCUAAAGGAGUUGGUGAGUAGAAGAUGCAGAAUCUCAAUUAUAGUAUCCGUUGCAUUGCAUCUUUCAACCAACAACAACAACACACACACCCUUUUCUAUCAUCUCUCACCGGGUUUUAGGACAACAGAAAUGGCACGCAAGAAGAUCCGAGAGUAUGAUUCCAAGAGGUUGGUGAAGGAGCAUUAUAAGAGGAUUUCUGGUUCUGAACUGCCCAUCAAAUCUGCACAGGUUACAGAAUCAACCGACUUCAAUGAGCUUGUAGAGAGGGAACCAUGGUUAUCUUCAUCCAAACUGGUUGUGAAACCCGACAUGUUGUUUGGAAAGCGUGGCAAGAGUGGACUUGUUGCCCUGAAUCUUGAUUUGGCUCAAGUUGCUGAAUUCGUAAAGGAGCGACUGGGGAAAGAGGUUGUAAUGGGAGGAUGCCAAGGACCCAUAACCACAUUCAUUGUUGAACCAUUUGUCCCACAUAACGAAGAGUUCUAUAUCAACAUUGUUUCUGAGAGAUUAGGGUGUAGCAUUAGCUUCUCAGAAUGUGGAGGAAUUGACAUUGAAGAAAAUUGGGACAAAGUGAAGACAAUAUUUUUACCAACAGGGGUAUCUUUAAAUCAAGAAAUCUGUGCUCCACUUGUUGCCACUCUCCCAUUGGAAUUCAAAUCUGUAAUCGAGCAGUUCAUCACACACAUAUAUUCCCUAUUCAUAGAUCUUGAUUUCACUUUCCUAGAAAUGAAUCCGUUCACAUUGGUAGAUGGAAAGGCUUAUCCUCUUGAUAUGAGAGGCGAGCUUGAUGAUACUGCUGCUUUCAAGAAUUUCAAAAAGUGGGGCAGUAUCGAAUUCCCAAUGCCCUUUGGAAGAGUUAUGAGUGCUACUGAAAGCUUUAUUCAUGGACUUGACGAAAAGACCAGUGCAUCUUUGAAGUUCACUGUUCUUAACCCAAAAGGGCGAAUUUGGACUAUGGUGGCUGGUGGUGGUGCUAGUGUCAUCUAUGCAGAUACAGUUGGAGAUCUUGGUUAUGCUUCUGAGCUUGGAAACUAUGCAGAAUAUAGUGGUGCACCCAAUGAAGAGGAAGUUCUGCAAUAUGCUCGAGUUGUGAUUGAUUGUGCAACUGCUGAUCCUGAUGGUCAAAGGAGGGCACUUGUGGUGGGAGGUGGAAUUGCUAACUUCACUGAUGUUGCAGCCACCUUCAAUGGCAUCAUUCGUGCAAUGAAAGAGAAGGUAGCUAAGUUGAAAGCUGCAAACAUGCACAUCUAUGUGCGAAGAGGAGGUCCAAAUUACCAAAGAGGACUUGCAAGAAUGCGUGCACUUGGAGCCGAACUUGGUAUCCCCAUUGAGGUGUAUGGGGCCUGA